CUGACUGCGCUUGGGCGAAGAGAGGCAUCAGCUGAGACCUGGGCUCUGCCACUCCCCUUGGCGGAGAUGCGGGACGCUCGUCGUACGGGGGACUCUUGUGGCGGUACAGCAGCCCAGAGGCCCCGAAAGCUGGUUGAUCCCCUGUUUACAGUGCCUGCACCUCCACCUCCGAUUUCCAGCAGUAUCACACCUCAGAUUCUGCCUUCCUACUUUUCCCCAUCUUCAUCCAAUAUUGCAGCACCAGUCGAGCAGCUUUUGGUACGGACUCGUUCAGUGGGUGUAAAUACUUGCGAGGUUGGAGUAGUAACAGAACCCGAAUGCCUUGGACCCUGUGAGCCUGGGACCAGCGUGAACUUGGAAGGAAUUGUGUGGCAUGAAACUGAAGAAGGUGUUCUAGUGGUAAAUGUUACAUGGAGGAACAAGACUUACGUGGGAACGCUGCUGGACUGCACAAAGCACGACUGGGCCCCUCCCAGGUUUUGUGAAUCGCCAACGAGUGACCUGGAAAUGAGAGGAGGUCGGGGCAGAGGGAAGCGGGCAAGGUCCGCUGCAGCUGCAGCUGUACCUGGAAGUGAUGCGAGUUUUACGGAGUCCAGAGGACUUCAGAACAAGAAUCGAGGUGGUGCCAAUGGGAAGGGAAGGAGAGGCAGCCUUAACUCGAGUGGGCGCAGGACACCCCCAAACUGCGCUGUAGAUGACGUCAAAGCCAGCCCCUCAUCCACAAACAAGAGGAAAAAUAAGCCUCCAAUGGAGCUAGAUUUGAACUCCAGUUCAGAGGACAAUAAGUCUGGAAAACGUGUUCGUACUAACUCUAGAAGCACUCCCACCACUCCGCAGGGGAAACCCGAGACCACUUUUUUGGACCAAGGCUGCUCUUCUCCAGUGCUGAUUGACUGUCCUCACCCCAACUGCAACAAAAAGUACAAGCACAUUAAUGGACUGCGAUACCAUCAGGCUCAUGCACAUUUAGACCCAGAAAACAAACUGGAGUUUGAGCCUGACAGCGAAGACAAAAUUUCAGACUGCGAGGAAGCAUUGAGUAAUGUGGCACUUGAAUGCAGUGAGCCAAGCACAAAUUUGUCAGGCUUUGAUCCGCUAAAAGCACCGACGUCUCCUUCCUCCAUCACUACCCCAGGGACCCCCAAGGGAAAAAGGGAGCUGACCAGUAAUGGCCCCAGUGCAGUUAUCAGUUCCAAAACUGGCAAGAAUUCGGGCAAAAAGAAGGGUCUGAGCAGUGAAUUGAACAGCCUUCCGGUAAUUUCUAAUAUGGCAGCCACCCUGGACAACUGCUCAGUAGCAGAUGGCAGUUUGCAGACUGAAAUGCCCAAGUUGGAGGCUGAAGGGUUAAUAGACAAGAAAGGUUUGGGUGAUAAAGACAAAGGUAAAAAAGCUAAUAAUUGCAAAGUGGAUAAAAAUCUUUCCAAACUGAAAACAGCCAGGCCCAUUGCCCCAGCGCCGGCGCCAACUCCUCCCCAAUUAAUAGCUAUACCUACUACAGCCUUUACAACCACCACUGCAGGGACAAUACCAGGACUGCCCUCUCUAACAACUACUGUUGUUCAGGCUACACCAAAGAGCCCUCCGCUAAAGCCUAUUCAACCAAAGCCCACUAUUAUGGGAGAGCCAAGCACUGUAAACCCAGCUCUCACGUCGCUCAAAGACAAAAAGAAAAAGGAGAAGAGAAAGCUAAAGGACAAAGAAAGCAAAGAGACUGGAAGCCCGAAGAUGGAUUCUAAGCUGGGAAAGCUGGAGGAUUCAAAAGGGUCUGGGAAAGAUUUGUCUGGACAUUUUUUAAAGGACCACCUCAACAAGAAUGAAGUGUUAGCUAACGGACUGUCGGAGUCUCAGGAGAGCAGGAUGGCAAGUAUUAAGGCCGAAGCCGAUAAGGUUUACACGUUCACGGACAACGCGCCCAGCCCGUCCAUAGGGAGCGCCUCCCGGAUGGAGUGCAGCACUUUGGUGAACGGACAAUCCUCGAUGGCGCCGCUGCACGUGUUGACGCAAAACGGCGCGGAUAGCGCGGCCGCUAAAACCAGCAGCCCUGCUUACUCCGAUAUUUCUGAUGCGGCUGAUGACGGUGGCUCUGACAGCCGGUCAGAGGGCAUGAGGUCAAAGGCCAGCUCUCCUUCGGAUAUCAUUUCUAAUAAGGACAGUGUUGUAAAAGGACAUUCUUCAGCCACGGCACAAUCGGCUCAAGCAAAAGAGUCCCAUUCUCCCUAUUACCAUGGCUACGAUCCUUAUUAUUCUCCAAGUUACAUGCACUCUGGACAGGUCAGUGCCCCAGCAGCUGGGAACAGUAGCACCCCACAGGGACUGAAGAUCAAAAAAGAAGCUGAGGAAGAGGCUGAAAAGAAAGAGAAGACGGAACCGUCGGAUCCCAAGAAAAGCGAAACCAAUUCCUCUAAUUUGCAGCCACAGCAUCAGUCAGUAAUAACACAAAGACACCCUGCACUUGCCCAGUCACUUUAUUACGGACAGUAUGCUUACGGACUCUAUAUGGACCAAAAGUCCUUAAUGGCCUCCAACCCUGCUUACAGACAGCAGUAUGAAAAAUACUACGAGGACCAGAGACUAGCAGAACAGAAGAUGGCACAAACUGGAAGAGACUGUGAAAGGAAGAAUGAACCCCCCUUGAAGGAGAUAGGAAAGGAUGAUAAUAAGCAGAAGAAUAUCCCAUCUGCUACUAUUUCAAAGGCCCCUUCAACUCCAGAGUUGAGCAAAAAUAACACUAAAAUAGGGUCAUCAGUCCCUAACAAAGGUGAGGAGACGAGCAAAUCGCAGAUCCUCUCCAAUCACCAGCAGCAGCUUCAGUCUGACAGUUUCAAAGCCAAACAAAUGGAAAACCACCAGCUCAUAAAGGAAGCUGUGGAGAUGAAAUCUGUUAUGGACUCCAUGAAGCAGACGGGAGUAGAUCCGACCACCAGAUUUAAACAGGACCCGGAUUCACGAACAUGGCAUCAUUAUGUCUAUCAGCCCAAAUACCUUGAUCAGCAAAAGUCAGAAGAACUUGAUCGUGAGAAAAAGUUAAAAGAAGACAGCCCAAGAAAAACACCUAACAAGGAAAGUUCCCUGCCUAACCUUCCUGUCUCAUUAGCAAGCAUUAAAGAGGAGCCUAAAGAGGUCAAGCGUUCUGAUUCCCAAUCCGUGGACGAGAGCAAGAUAAAAAACGAUGAUCGAAAGACUCCUGUAAAUUGGAAGGACUCUCGGGGUGCUAGAGUGGCAGUUUCUUCACCAAUGAGUCAGCAUCAGUCAUAUAUCCAGUACUUGCAUGCUUAUCCUUAUCCACAGAUGUACGAUCCCAACCAUCCAGCCUAUCGCGCAGUCUCUCCUGUCCUAAUGCACAGCUAUCCUGGGGCCUAUCUCUCUCCAGGAUUUCAUUAUCCUGUUUAUGGGAAGAUGUCAGGGAGAGAAGAGGCGGAGAAAGUCAAUACCAGCCCGAGCAUCAAUGCGAAAUCAACCACUGAGUCCAAAGCACUGGAUUUGCUCCAGCAGCAUGCCAACCAGUAUCGCAGCAAGUCCCCUGUUCCUGUGGAAAAAUCUGCAGCUGAGCGUGAACGGGAAGCAGAGAGGGAACGAGACCGUCAUUCUCCUUUCAGCCAGCGGCAUCUCCAUACGCACCACCACACACACGUUGGAAUGGGUUACCCACUUAUACCUGGUCAAUACGACCCAUUUCAAGGAUUGACCUCUGCUGCCCUUGUUGCCACUCAGCAGGUGGCUGCUCAGGCAUCUGCGUCUGGUAUGUUUCCUGCACAAAGAAGAGAAUGAUGAGUUUGGAAACGUACAUUGUCAUGUGACUGGAUCACAUGAGGAAGCGCUUUAUUACAGACAUCAGUUCCAUGGUGUUAAUUUGAAAUGCCUUAAUGGCAGGCAAAAACCAGUCAUUUCAUUUUUGUAAAUUGCAGAUUUUAUCACAGAGUAACAAAUGUUGCUGUAAUUAGACUUCUGUUUUUAUAUAUAUAUAUGCGUAUAUAUAUAUACAUAUAUAUAUAAAAAUAUAUAUAUAUUCUUUACUUUUUUUGUAUCAGUAACCAGGCUCGCACACAGGGUCUGCUGCUAAGUUGCGAACCACACAGUAAAGGAGAAAUGUAUUUGUCAUGUUUAGAAAGUGUUAACCGCGAAAGGCUGUUUGUUUCUUUUCUCUUCUCCUUCCCUUUUUUUUCUUUUUUGUUUUUUUUGCUUUCUAAUUGUAAAUAAAUAAUGUUAUGUAUCAGUGUGCCUGAACCUUGCAUACCCUUCUGAUAUUUCCCACAAGCCCUCAGAGAGGCUAACUGUGAUGACACUUUGGUACAAUGUAGAUGUCUAUUUGGUGGCUCCUAUUAAGAUGCAUCAGUGUAAAAUGUUACUGUAUUCACUGUUUCAUUGUAAUUGUGUAUUGUGAGAGAUAUACAUUUGGAAGGCAUGGGGUUGCCAGUACCACAAAAACUGUGUUGUACAUAAUGUAUAGAUUUUAAAUGGGGAAAUAAUGAGCAUCUGUGAAUAAUGAAAUGUCUUUUUUGAUAAUCUUGAAUGGCAAAUAACCCAAUAGCCUGCAUACCAGAAGACAUCUGUGAUUGUUCUAUUACUUGAAUAGUCCUGCAGUCUUUUUUUUAAUGUUUACAAUUAUCCAGUUUUAGAAGAGAGACUUUAAUGCCAUUGCCUGGUUACUUGUUUUAUGCUGUAAUCUAGUUUAUUUUAUGUAAAAUGUAUAUUGAAUGCUUUCAUUUUUAUACCUGCCUUAAAUAAUUUGGCAAUCAGAAUAAAGAAAAAAAGUUGUU